AUGAUGACGACGAUGAUGUCAAAAGACAUGGCUACCCCUAACCCUUCCUUCAGGGUCUACUACGGCGGCGCACCGGGCUCCGUCCCCUUCACCUGGGAAUCCGCACCCGGAACUCCCAAGCACCGCCUCUUCUCCUCCUCUCUCCCGCCGCUGACUCCUCCGCCUUCCUUCUACUCCUCCUCCAAUCACUCCCGCCGCCGCCGCCGCUUCCGCUCCUCCUCCGCGGCCGCCAUCAGGCUGCCCAACUUCCUCUUCAGAGCCCUUUUCCCCAAACCCAGCGCCGCCGCCGCCUCGAGGUCCUCUGCCACAUCUUCCUCCUAUUCUUCUCAUCAUUAUUCCGACCACAAUUACAAUUCCAAUUGCUCGCUGUCCUACUCCUCCUCCUCCACGUCGUCGUCGUCGUCUUCCUCCUCCGACGCGCACGGGAGGAAGGCGUGGGGGCAGAGCCGGUGCUUCUCCUGCUCUGGGCUGCACCGCCGCCGCCACGCAUCGGUAGAUGAAGAAGAAAGUAAAGGAGGCAGCGCUGUUAUGAAGAAGCGAAGGUCGGUGUCUUUGGGAAGAUGGUGUUCCUUUGGGAGGGUGAGAAACGCUGUGUAG